GCGCGCGCGCGACCAAGUGUAGCUGCACAGCCCGCUCUGUUGGUGAAUAUAUAAUCACUACACGAUUGCUCCAACCAAGCUGUAUGCUGGUCAGGCUUUUUUGCAGUGUAUUUGCGGAUUGUUUUGAACGAGCUGUAAAACGGAGACAUUUCCGGGGACAGCUCCAGUCGGGCACAGAACACCAAAAACCGGGACUGUCCCCGGAAAACGGGGACGUCUGGUCACCCUAUUCUAAGUACGUUUCGUCCGAUGCCUUUAUGUCUGAUGCCUGUUAGUCAGGUUUCAACGGAUGCCUUUAUGUCUGAUGCCUGUUAGUCAGGUUUCAACGGAUGCCUUCAUAUCUGAUACCUGUUAGUCAGGUUUCAACGGAUGCCUUUUUGAGUACGUUUCGUCUGAUGCCUUUUCUGAGGCUGUUUCGUCCGAUGCCUAAUUGUACAAGACGUCGUUUUUCCUGAGACCUGAAGCCGUUUUGUCAAAUAACCGACGCCUUUUCGUUGUAUGACUGAGAUUCGUUUGAAGAACCAAAUUAGCCAGAGUUCAGUUAUCAGGAUUAGAAGAUCCGGCAUCUGUCAAAUCAUCUCAAAUGUAUUGAACGAGGUACGAAGAACGGACCCCUGAAGAGUUGUAAUCAAUGGAAAUUCCAAUAUUUACUGUUGAUGCUUUUACCAAUGUACCUUUCAAAGGUAAUCCUGCUGCAGUAUGUCUUCUAGAGAACGAGCUGAAAGACGAUCUUUAUCAAAGCAUUGCUGCUGAGAUGAAUUUAUCAGACACUGCCUUCAUCACAAAACGAAAUUCUAUGGAUUUUUCCUCAGGUGCAAGGUUUGGGUUACGGUGGUUUACCCCCAAAAGUGAGGUUUCACUAUGUGGACAUGCAACACUGGCCUCAGCAGCAGUGCUAUUUUACCUUAAAAAGAAUGUCAACCCCGUUUUGGUGUUUGAGACUAUGAGUGGGGAGCUUCAUGUGUGCCAGCAUGAAGAAUCUCUAAUAAUGGACUUCCCCUUAAACAAACCAAAGCCCCAGAAACAACAUGAAAUCAAGAAUCUCUUGAAAGCUGUUGUUGGAGACUUAGCCAUUCAGGAUGUGUGCUACUGUCCAACAACAAAGUACCUGAUGAUUCGUCUAGCUGACACAUGUGACAGAUCUGAACUUACAUCUUUGAGGCCUGAAGCAGAAGCUCUACUGAAAAACGAAUCUACUGGGAAGAUUAAAGGCGUCACUGUUACAAUGAAAGGAUUUCCAAACGCACAGCCUGGAUAUGACUUCUAUUCCCGUUUCUUUGCCCCUUGGUAUGGGGUCCUUGAAGAUCCAGUCUGUGGGUCUGCACACACGGUUCUUGCUGGCUACUGGUCUGAAAAGCUGAAUAAAAAGAAAAUGUUGGCCUACCAGUGCUCCAGUCGUGGAGGUGAACUGGAGCUGGAGCUGAGGGAUGAUGGUCGACUCAACAUCAGCGGUCGGGCGCAGAUCAUUCUUCAGGGAACUCUUAAAAUCUAGACAACUUGCACAAUCAUCUCAUUAAAUCAUGUUUAUUUUCUUUCUUAAUAAAGAGCUGCAAACUGAUGUUUUUUCACUAAGUGGGUAAAUAUGGCCAAAACUGUAAUAAAUUGAGAUUAGGAGACUAAUUUAAAUUUUGUAAACAUUCUACUGAUUAAAGUCUGAAAUGAAUAUUUACCUCA